CCGGGUGAGCGCGCUGUGCGCCCGGGGAGGGUGGUAGGGCUGCCUCUACGGCUUCUGCGGGUCCUCGGGCUCCCGGGACGCAGCCGAGCGCGGAAACAUGAGCGACGCGGCGGGAGAAGGCCCUCGCGUUCGGCGCUACCCCGAGCUCCCGGUGUGGGUGGUGGAGGAUCACCAGGAGGUUCUGCCGUUCAUAUACCGCGCCAUUGGCUCAAAACAUCUUCCUGACAGUAAUAUAAGUUUUGUGCAUUUUGAUUCACAUCCAGAUCUCCUUAUUCCUGUGAAUAUGCCAGCUGACACCGUGUUUGAUAAGGAAACUCUUUUUGGAGAAUUAAGUAUUGAGAACUGGAUUAUGCCUGCAGUUUAUGCUGGCCAUUUUUCCAAUGUAAUAUGGCUUCAUCCCACAUGGGCUCAGCAAAUCAGAGAGGGUACACAUCACUUUUUAGUAGGCAAAGACACUUCUACCACAACAAUCAGGGUAACAAGUACAGAUCACUACUUCCUAAGUGAUGGUCUUUAUGUAACUGAAGACCAGCUAGAGAACCAAAAACCUUUACAAUUGGAUGUAAUUAUGGUAAAGCCAUAUAAACUCUGUAACAAUCAAGAGGAAAACGAUGCAGUGUCUUCUGCUAAGAAACCAAAGCUAGCACGGGAAGACACAGAACACACUGCCUCUACUAACUGUGCCUCUUGUUCAGAAGGAUUGGAAAAGGACACAGGGACCCAGAGAAGGGUCCACACCAGCCUGGAGCCUUCAUGUUCACGUUCUUCUGAGAGCCAGGAAUGCCAGACUACAGUCAGCUCUGGAGAAAUUCUGGAAAUUUUGAAGAAAGGGGAUGCAUUUGUUUUAGAUAUUGACUUAGAUUUUUUUUCAGUCAAGAAUCCCUUCAAAGAAAUGUUCACUCAGGAGGAAUACAAAAUCUUACAAGAGCUCUACCAAUUUAAAAAGCCUGGCACCAACCUGACAGAGGAAGAUUUGGUAGAUUGUGUUGAUACUCGAAUUCACCAACUAGAAGAUUUAGAAGCUACUUUUGCUGAUUUGUGUGAUUGUGAUGAUGAAGAAACUGUACAGAAAUGGGCUUCAAACCCUGGAAUGGAAUCACUAGUUCCACUUGUGCAGAGUUUGAAAAAACGGAUGGAUGUGCCAGACUAUGAAAUGGUUCAUCAGGCUGGUCUAACCUGUGAUUAUUCAGAACUUCCUCACCAUAUCAGCACAGAACAAGAAAUUGAGUGUCUUACUCAGUCUGUAUUUUAUUUACUGAAAAAUUUACCAAAACCUACUCUUGUAACAAUUGCAAGGUCAAGUCUGGAUGAUUACUGUCCUUCUGAGCAAGUGGACGCCAUUCAGGAAAAAGUCCUCAGUGUGCUCCGCUCCCUCUAUGGGACUCUAGACCUCCACCUGGUGUACUCAGCAGAGUCCUCUCCACCUUGAAACAGCAAAACACUGGACUCCUAUUACAUUGCGAUGUAGUAGCAGGUUUUCAUUAACUUAUUUGUAAAUGAGUCUUCCAGAAAACACUUUGUUUUUAUAUUAACUUUGACUUAAAAUCCUUCAGGUAUUGUCAGUUGUUAAAUGAUGGCAGUUUUGUUGGCAGCAAGACUACCCCUGUUGCUUACCUUUCUUCCUUUCUGUGAUUGUCCUCACUUUUGUGAGGGUGUUUUGUUUUUCCUCUUUUCCCUUUUUUCCUGUAAGUCAGUUAGACUGUAUGAGAUUCAUUAAUUCAUUGAUUUAUUCACUCAACUAGCUGACAUUUAUUGAGACAUGUGCCAGACAUAAUUCCGUGCUGGGUAUAUGGUAAUGAACAGAACAGACAAGGCCCUGCCCUUUUGAGGGACAGCUAAGAAACAAAUCAUGGAAGGACAGCCACAAACAUGGCCUUAUAGGAAAGUAAUAUUCUCAAAAGCUACUACCAAAAUAAUAACAACAACAAUAAAACAAACUUGCCAGUUCAUGAAAAUUUUACAGGAAGUCUACCUCUCUAUGAGUGUUUGCUCUGUAGCCCAGCUCUUGCUAAAAAUGCUCUCAGCAUUGUUGGUUGAGGAAGUCUAUUUCAGUAAACUCAACUGAACAAAAAUUAACUCUAGUUUGCUAAUCAGAAAAGUCAUUCUGUAGUUUUGGCCUCCAUGAAGGUAAGUCUGAGCAUUGAUUGUCAUUAUAGUUCCUAAGUGCCACUUUAUUGGCAGUCUGGGUAGAUACUUUUUUCAAAUAAACCAGCUCUUGCCCUAACCAGUUUGGCUCAGCGGAUAGAGCGUCGGCCUGCAGACUCAAGGGUCCCAGGUUCGAUUCUGGUCAAGGGCAUGUACCUUGGUUGUGGGCACAUCCCCGGUGGGGAGUGUGCAGGAGGCAGCUGAUCAAUGUUUCUAACUCUCUAUCCCUCUCCCUUCCUCUCUGUAAAAAAAAAUCAAUAAAAUAUAUUUUAAAAAUAAAUAAAUAAAUAAACCAGCUCUUUAUGUAAAUAAUAGGGAAAAAAUUUAAGUCCUUACUUCUGGCCUACCAUAAAUGCUGCCUUCCACCAGCCUCCCAUGAGUAAGAGUAAGAGAGCCUAUCUGACUCGCUCUUACAGCUUUUCAUUUACUUAAUUGGCCAAAGUCUCCCCUUUAGUAUCCCUCAUGUUCAGUAAUCAUUUUUACCUACUUGAUUUUUUUUCUUUAAAAGGUAGGAUGACAUUUAUAGAAGAAAAAAAACCAUUAUUCCUCAAUCCUAACACAGUAGUUGUCUUCAUUUUUGCAUGUAACUUUCAGGCCUUAUGUACCUGUUGAGUUGCAUGUCACUAAAAUUAUAGUGUUAACCUAACUUAAUGGCUGGUAGCCACAGUCACAUUACCAUUACCACUCACUAGAUGGCACCAGAUCCCAUUUUUCCAGUGAUUCUGGUUUUCUUGUCACCAAGUUGAUUUUCCAAGCCUGAUAGUGUGAAUGUUUAUUUCUGUUGUGAAAAGCAAAGCAAACUGAUUUAACUUUCUAUUUUGGUAAAACAUUAUGUGCCAAAAAGUUUUAUUUCUCUGUAAGAUCAGAAUUGUAAAAUAGUGCUAUUUAUUUUAAAAUUUUUAUUAGAGUUCUGUAAACAGAUGUUACUUUUAUGAGUAAAUUAAUUUUGUGUGCUAAAAGAAAUAAACAGGUGUGUACUGAGGUUUUGAAAUUUUAAACCAAACUGUAGUAUUAAUUAAUUAUUUAUAAUUUCUGUGUGUUCAUAGCAUUGAUCUUAUGGGUCUGGGUUAGCUAGUAGUCAUUUAUUAUAAUUCCCAUGAACUGAUGUGAUUCAUCAUUGUUUUAACUCAGGCAGAACAAGAGAGUAUCAAUUUCCUUCUAGGGACACUUGGAUUGUUUAGUUCUCAUGCUCUGUAAUUCUUUUAGAAGAAUAAAAUUCAGUCCCUAUUUGUUGACUAAAACCAA